GAAGAAGAAGAAGAAGAAGAAGAAGCCAAUGAGGUGGCUCUCUGCUCUUCCUGAGAACAUGUCACCACUGAGGUUGAGUGUCCCAGGUGAGAAGCUGUGCAGUGUAGAAGAUUGUUCUACAGGGACUGGAGUGUACCAGCGACAUGGUUACAUAUACUCCUCCCUCGCUGGCUACGUGCUGAGGAAAAACGAGGGAGAGGAGCUACCGGUGAUCUCGGUGGUGAGAGAAACAGAAGCACAGCUGCUGCCGGAUGUCGGAGCCAUAGUCACCUGCAAGGUGACUGGCAUCAACUCCAGGUUUGCUAAGGUCCAUAUCCUUUACGUCGGUUCCACACCACUGAAAGAUCGCUUCAGGGGGACUAUCAGAAAAGAAGACGUGCGAGAAUCUGAGAAAGACAAGGUGGACAUAUACAAAAGCUUCAGACCUGGUGACAUUGUCCUGGCAAAAGUUAUUUCCCUCGGGGACGUUCAGUCUACCUACUUGUUGACAACAGCAGAGAAUGAACUGGGUGUGGUGGUGGCUCACAGUGAAGCAGGUGCCCAGAUGAUUCCCAUCAGCUGGCGUGAGAUGCAGUGCCCGCAGACCAACGCCAAAGAGUUUCGUAAAGUGGCCCGAGUGCAGCCUGAGUACCUGGAAGCAUGAGAGCCCCUGAAAGUCUGCUCUGGAACAAACUCAGGAACAAACCAAGUGGCCUCCUAACUCUUUUUCUCUGGGUGACAUGUGAUUCUUAUGCUACUUCUGAUAUAGUCUCAUUAAGGCUUUACUUCUGCACGUUUUCAUUGUGCCGGAUUGAACCCGGAGAGACCAAACUGAUAAGAUUUGUUUUUAUUCCCAAUAAACAGAGUUCAUUUUUAUCAAAGGUCCACAGGCCAACAACAGAUAUUCAAAGCAAUCCUGAAUAUCAAUAUGGAAAUCUGACAGAAUUGCAUCAUGUCCUUAUUUUACAGUUAAGGGCAUCCAACAUUUCACAGGAUCAAAACGGUAUAGUUUUGCAGCCAGAGGAGCAGGUUCUGUUUCAAAUGCAGGAUUCAGUUGUUUAUGAAUACAUUUAAUGGCAGUGUCAGCCAGAACUAUCUUUGCUGCUGUUUUGCUGGAAGAUGAAACUGUUAUUGAUAAAUCUCUAAUUUUACAGCCACUUCUGAAGAGGCCAGGUCUACACCUUUGUGGUAAUUAAUGGAAAUACAGUAAGCAUUUGUGCCCUGUCUCUUUAACUUAGUGGGACUCGUUUAUAUUUCAGUUUUUUUGUUAUUUUAGCACAUUUUGCUUGGAUUGUCAUAAAAAAGUAAAUUAAUUAAGAAUUAAUGGCUUGUUAUGCCAACUACAGCCAAGUUAAAAAAUGUAGGGGUCUAUCUGGACAUUUAGCAAACAUUUGUUCCCAAAUAAGUUUAUAAUUUGUAGAGAAGUUGUCACUUAAAAAUCACUAUAUGUAGUGCAUUUACUUUGGAUUUUAGGUGACAGACCAACACAAAAUAUUGCAUAAAUAUAAAAUGGAAAGAAAACUAUACCUGGUUUUCAAAAAUGUUUUCAAAUAAAACAUCUAAAAUGUGGGGCAUGCA